CCCCCUUCCUCUCCUCGCUCUCUACGCGCGCUCCACUCUCAAUCCUCUCAGAUUCCACCGUUGGCCGGCACUUUGAGGAGUCAUCCACCGCCGCCGUGAGACGCCUCAGCCAUCGCCACCAACACCUGCCGCAGGUGGGGAUGGAGGAGCUUUACUCUAAGUUGUAUGACAAGUAUCAACGACUGAAGACAAGGAAGUUUUCAAAUUUGAAGCAUUUCAAUGAAGAGCAGAACACAAAAUUCCUGAACUAUGUAUCUGCUGCAGAAGAAAUGAUAGGACACUUGAAAUAUGAAAAUGAAACCCUACAAACCAAAAUAAAUGAAUUGAAGGCUCAAGCAGAGGAAAAGGGUUCAGAAUUGGUGGAUUUAGCUAACAAGGUAUCUGAAUACCAGAAUCUCUUGUUGGAGCAAAAUGAAAAGAGAAAUGAGCUUGCUAAAGAGGUUGAUAAGUUAAACUCUCUGUUAAAAUUGCGUUAUUGUGAAAGCAAUUACAGUGGAAAUGUCAUCCCUUCGAUGUCUCCAUUCAAUGGUCUUGAUAUCAGUCAAAGAUUGGAGGAUUCUUCAACAAAAGAACCAAGCCAUAUUCUGCCAGAAAGUACUUCAUUUAAAGAUGAUGGUAAAUCUUUUGACAAGGUUGAUAAAUGUGGACUCACUAAAGGCUCUGUAGCAGCAGAUCCUCAUGACAUGGAUUGCUUAUUCCAAACUCUCUUGGAAUGUUUGGUUCGCAUGAGCUUUUCCUCUGUCAAAGAGAACGAUGGAUUGCAGCUUUCAGUGUGCCACCAAUUAAGUGGAUACUCUUUCAGCUUAUCUUGGAUUAAGAAAGAAAGGGAAGUGACUGCAGAUGAUGAGGUUCUCUAUCAAGUUUCCUCAUUGGGAACAAUUGAGAGGAUAGCUCCAGAGUGGAUGAGGGAAGAUCUUAUCUUCUCUACACGGAUGUGCCCUCUUUUCUUUGAGCGGAUAUCUCAAGUUAUCCGGCUGCAUAAUUGAUUCUUCGUGAAACUGCUAUUAUAUCGGUAUUUAAAAGGCAUUUCAGUUUCAUGUCUAUAUUUGUGUACAUUAUGUAUAUUAGGACCAAGAAUUUGACUCACGCAGUAGUUUCUGCUCAUCAUUCUAUUGUUUCUUGAACCAAAGACCUUUCAGAAAUCCUAACUUGACGCCUUGGAGGCUAGGCUUUUGUGUCCAGCUAGUGUUUGAAGAUUAUUAUUGAUUUCAGAUGUGAAAUGUGAAAGCAACAAGGAUUCACAUGCAUAAUUUUUGUAUUUGCAUCUUUUUCCACCUUGUAAACCUACUUCAAUUAAUGCUUUGGGAUCCCUAGUGAAACGUCAUAUCUA